AAAAAAAAUGCUGGAUGGGAUUGACUGAAAUGAUUUCAUGAUCCACUAAUGUAUAGUACUCAAUAUUUUGAAGAACAUUAAUUUAAGUCAUUAGGACACCAAAUUGCAAAUGAUAUUUUCAUGGCUAUUAGAAGUAUCUGAGAAGCACAAAUCAUUCCCAAAUUGUAUAACCAUUUCCAGUUUGUAAAUUAUUCUUUUGACUAGGUCUGUAUUACAGCCAUGUACAUGUAAUUUUAUAUUACAUUUAGUUUCUGGUGUACUUAAUGCUGAUUUCUAUUUCCCCCACCCUUUACAGUGACAAAAAUGUGGAUAUUAAUAAAGAACAACUGACUGGUUGUCUUCUGAGAAAAUUAGAUGGCAAGAUUGUUUUACCAGGCAACUUUCUGUAUUGUACAUUCUACGGACGACCAUGCAAAUUGCAAGUGUUGGAAGUGAAAGGGACAGAUGGCAAGAUAUUGAGAAGGCCUCAGAAUGACUCUGACAUUGAUGCCAAGGGAAUGGCCUAUGAACAGUCAAGCAUAGAAACCAGUACCCUGGAUGUAUCCCUACAACUAAGCCAGUUAGAUCUGGAAGAGCCUCGGGACCCAACAUCAAGCAGUACUCCUUGCAAACCAGUAGAUGACAGAAUGAUAAAUAAAGCUAGUGACAUUUUGUCGGAUGUUACAGAGAGUCCUGGGGACAGCAGCGGACUUGGACUAGGGGAAGUCACAGGACUUAAAUGUGGUUUUGAGUCAGCCAGAGGAAGAAAUGAGCAACUUGUCAAUGAAGAGAGAUUGCUAAAGUCAGCAUGUGUGGGAACAAAGUGUAACACUGAUAUUUUUUAUUUUAUUUCUUCAACAACAAGAGUCAAUUUUACAAACAUUUGUACAAAUUCAAAAGAGCAAGACAACCGAUUCAAAGUAACUUAUGACAUGAUAGGAGGCUUAAGUAGUCAGCUGAAAGCAAUUAGAGAGAUUAUUGAAUUGCCUCUCAAACAGCCUGAACUUUUCAAGAGUUAUGGAAUUCCCCCACCUAGAGGAGUGUUACUCUAUGGACCUCCAGGUACCGGAAAGACAAUGAUUGCCAGGGCAGUUGCUAAUGAAGUUGGAGCCUAUGUUUCUGUAAUUAAUGGUCCUGAUAUUAUAAGCAAAUUCUAUGGGGAGACAGAAGCAAGGUUACGGCAGAUAUUUGCUGAAGCCACUCUACG